CAUUGUUGUCCAGUUGGUUCUCAACAGAAAAUACCACUUGGUUCAUGGUUUAAUGUUUGUUAUAUCUGUUGUAGGGUUUGUGCAUUGGAUACAGACUGAAUUAAAAGGACAAGGACAGAUAGCGACAUUCAAAUUUAUUUGGAAAGACUAUUCAACCAUGUCAACUCAACCUUUGACCUCUAACUUGACGUCUUCUGUAGCUAAUGACACUGGCAGCACUACACAAUCACUUAUAGCUUCCGAAUAUCUAUCAUGGAUUUCAAAUGAGAGACAAUACGAGUUAAACCGUCCAACUCUCAUUAUUUACAUAGUCUCUAUCAUUUUGGGGUUGACUGGUAAUUCUUUGGUUGUAUACGUGUUUGGAUUCCGUUUUGAAAAGUCAACUGCAAACUUUUUCGUGACAAGCUUAGCGGUGUUUGAUACUCUUACAUGUUUCCUCUUAGUGUUCGAGACUCUUGACCUUCGCUUUCCAAUGUACAGUGGGAACUAUCCAGCUAUUUGCAAAACCGUCCGUUUCUUCGAGGUAUUUUGCACUUCUUGUUCCAGCAUUUUAUUAGUGUGUAUAGCAUUUGAUCGCUAUUACAAAAUAUGCAAGCCCUUUAAACAUAUUUCUAUUCGGAAAGUUAAAAAAAUACUUGCCUUGACGGUUUGUUUUACGCUCGUUCUCAGCUGGCCAAUAGCAUUAUUCCAUGGCACUGAAACUAUUGUGACGUCAAAUGCAGUGAUAACAGGGAAGGAUUGCGCAGACGAUGAUAAUUUCAAAGGAUCUCUUUAUUCUGCUUUGUAUUUUUUUCUGCUUUUAGUCAUCACGGUGUGCUUUAUCUUAGCAAUUAUAGUUUUGUACUGUCGCGUCUACUGGGCGAUAAUAAAGUGGAAGUUUAGUACGGUCGGAGAAAGUCACGAUUCCGGAAUAUGGACCACAAAUAGAUCCUCCACAAUAUCAAGUAGAGAACUUCAGGAUACAGUGCCCCGUAAAAGUACGAGUGCUCAGAGGCCACAGUCAAGGUUUGUUGUACUAGGUGACAAAACCAAACCAUCGGAAAGUCCUCGAGAAUCUUUACCAGUCUCCGAGAGUUUGGAUACCAUAUCAAUUACAGACAUAGCGAAAAGGCAAGCUACCGAAGAGUCAUAUCAAAGUUCUGAAACAGGUUUAAAUAAAAAUAAUUCAGUUGAAGGCACAAAUUCACACUCCUCUCCCUCGAAUAGUAGCAAAGUUGUAAGGUAUACAGUGACAGUAAGAGCUGAAACAAAAAACUCGGCACAACCAUUAACAGGAACCAUAACGAGACCCGCAGCCGCCGGAAGUGAAGAGGAAAGCGUUGCUGUGGUUCAGCGAAGGUCCGUGGAUAGAAAGUCGAAUAAAAAACGAAGAGAGACAGUCUUGACGAGCAGUAGAAAAAAGAAUGUUCGGACCAGUCGUACGACGAUCAUGUUUAGUCUGGCCGCAUUGAUGUAUGUGAUCAGCUACAUACCAACCCUAGUAGUGGAAAGCAUCAACGCCGUGAAACCUUUCAACUUAAAGGAGAUGUCGACCUCACUCAGACAAAUGAUUGUGGUGGCUAACUCAGCUUAUUUCUUUAAUCUUUCAUUUAACCCAAUAGUAUACGGGGUAUUCAACAAACAUUUUCGAGACGAGGUAGUUUUGCUAUUCAAAGGUCAAUCUAAAAAUCAAUAUAACAAGUGAGUCGAUAGUGCAGAAACGCCAGAAAGUAGCAUAAUGAUUCAAAUGCCGAUACACGGUGCGACUUUUUGUAAGUGACAACUUCAGCUAUAUAUGCUCACUUCCCAUCCCACGUGCGUACUCCAAACUUGCAUUUGGUGACACAUGUAAGUUGUAAACUGUGAAACAAUUUGUAGAGAAAUAUUUACAUCUACCGAGUAUGAUUCCCUCUAUUUCUUACGGAAACUUGUACUGUUUACAUGGUUAUUUUCACCGUUGGUUUAUUUCGCCUUUCUUUACUUGCAAACGGUUUGGCCCGUCUUAGAUUUGCCUGGACAUAGCUGUGUUUAAAGAGAGGUAACAUAAUACAUUAGAAUUCGUCAAGUCUUAAAUUCGCCCGCUGAUAACGAGAACGAAAGAGGUGAAAAUAAAACGGGGGCGAAUAUUUCCUUGUAUACAGUAGUUAAUUCAUAGCUCUAUAGAAACAGUCAGACUGAAAUCUACACGCCCCAUUUAUCGAUUGGUCGAAAUCUCGGGCGGCUGAAACUGACAAGACUAAAAUUGACACGCCCUGUUUAUCGAUUGGCCGAAACCUACAGCGACCUAAGAAAAACCACGGACUGCACAAAAUAAUCAUGAUGACGACAGACUCAUUUUCCCGUAGGAGACGAUUUGGCUGUUUUUUUUAGCUAAUGUACUGAUGUACAUUAAUAGUAAUUAGGUACUUUGUACAAACAAUUUUAUUAAUUUGUUAAAAGAAAGAUGUAAAUAUGAACGCGUGUUAUGUAUUUUUUCUGCAAUGAUCACUACCUUCAUAUCCCGCAUGAAUCAUCAAAGAAAGAAUUUAAUUGUUUGAAUAAUAUGAUUUUUUUAGUACUGAACAUUCCGUUAUUCAUCAGUGCAAAGGAAAUUCGCUAUUUUUGUCUAUCAACGGAUAUUUUUAUUUAAAGUUUUAAAUUCUAUCUUGCAUGGCUGAAAGAUAAUGAGGAUUAAGGCCUACAUGGAAAGUUAGAUUAAUUCAUUAUAAUAUAUUUUAAAACGGAAGAAUAACAGUAAAAGCACCUGCUUAUUUUCUGUCCAAAUUGUACCAUGUGAUCGUGUUCAGUUAGUGAUUGGUACGGUUGGUGAUGUCAGCACGGGACUACAACAAGCCCGGAAGAUACACAGUAAAUUUAUGAAAGAUACGGAAACCAAUGCAG